GAAUUGCGGUUCUAAUUUAUAUAUUGUACUAACGAAUUCGAUCUUUCUUUUGUUCCCUUGUUUUGUAUUUGGUUAAGAAGAAAAAAAACAAAACGAUAUGUUUUCGUCGUACAUACAUACGUUCGAUCAAAGAAAAGAUAUUCCCAAGUUCAUUCAUGAAAUAAAUCGCAUCGCAUUGAACGAUUCUAAAACCUUGUAUAGAAUAUAUCACAAACAAGAAUACAUAUAUAUGUACCAGUAACGAAAUAAAUAUGUAUAAAAUAUUUGAUAUUGUUUGAAUAAUAAAAUACGUAGUACGCUUCAAUAGUCAACAAUUUUCGUAGAUAAAUUUAAAGACACAUUUUAUAAAAACUGCGAAUUGUAUCACGUAAGACAAAGGAGAGAGUGGAACAGAGAAAAAAAGACGAAAAGAAAACAACAUGAGUUCAAAUGUUGAACCGUUAUUAUUAGAAAUAGGUAUAUCAAGCUCGACCUUUAUAUUAUUUUCCUAAAUAGUACGACGCAUACAUAUAACGAAACGAACAUUUCUUAUAUGUAUACUUUCUUCUAACUCAAUCUUUCAUAAAUUAUCUGUAUCCCUUUUCGUAUAAUUCCGUAUAAGAUUACAAUGAUUUAACCAGAUGCUGGAUCCAAGCGUUCUAACGGAUUUAGAGGAACUGACGCUUUGCAGUUAUUGCAAGCAGAAGUAUAACGACGCGGAGCAAUGCCCGAAAUAUCUUAGUUGCAAGCAUUACUUUUGCUUGCGUUGCAUAGAGAACAAUUUAUUAAAGGGACGUGAGUUGUUUUGCGCGCAUUGCUGGAAGAGGACGGACCUGGGUGAUCAAGGACCGGACGCUCUACCGACGCACUCUUCUCUCCUUGUUCUAACGAAUAAUUUGUCUCACUUAAAAAUCACCACGAACAACACAUCUGGAAAGACAAAUGAUAAGGAAAGAAAGAGUGAGAAUUGUCACACGCACGGAAUGCCUCUGGCAUUGUGGUGUGCGACAUGUUGCACUGCACUUUGCAGAGCAUGCGCCACUCCACAAGAACACCCAGGUCACCAGAUUAAAUCGCAAACUGAUGCCAAAGAACAACUCAUAUCCGAUGUUCAAUUGGAAUUAGUUGCUAUGGGAAAGUUAUCGACCGAGAUUCAAAGACUGGCUAUGCAGCAACGAGAAUUCUUAAUAAAGGUGUUAGAAGCUUGUGUAACGUUAAAAACACAUGUUGAGACCGAUCUUCAGAAUGGCUGGAGUCAUUUUCCUGAGAUAACGGACGCGCGAGAAACGCUUGGGAAAGCGAAAGCUAGUCUUCAGAUGAUCGACAGUCCUAACGAUGUAUACAAUUUGCAUUCGCAACUCAUACUCGAGAAACAAAGAUUGCAAUCAAAGUACCAAGAAAUGAUGUUGCAGUGCCAACUCGACGAUUUGAUUGGUAACUCGGGAGUGGUAUUUGAUUUUGCGCUAUUAAAACAAGCGUUGGCUGGAAUUCACACGGGAGAAUCGAUCGUUUCUCAAGGAACUAGUAAUGGCGGUAGAUUACCAAAUCAUUUGGCGGCUUCACAAAAUCCGAUACUGUUUCUCGCAAAUUAUUGCAUGUCGCAGCUAUAUUCGAGACAUGUAGUUAGUAAGCAACACAUGCAAAACGGUUCUAUAGAGUAUCAUUCAAACAUGAUGCAACCGCAACCAGCACCACCGGGCUCCGUUCAUGUACACCAAGGUCCACCGCCGCCGGCAACCCCGCAGCAACUUCUCAUUCCACCUGGUUCGCCGUCCGUUAAACCCGUUCCGCCCGCACCUCCAAAUGCGAUGUUACAUCCACAGCAACAAUCGACAUUUAUACCGGAAGGAGUCGGUACUGGUGGCGGAAGUUUGGUAACCGUCCACUCAUCCUCUCAACCGCCGUCCAGCGGAAUAGCAGCAUCCCUUCGAGGACCUUCGAACCCUUAUCCUCUGUAUUAUUUCAACAUCGAAGUGAACGGAUCUCCGCAUGGCCGUAUCGUGAUAGAAGUGAGGCCGGAUGCAGCUCCAAAAAUGGCUAAAAAUUUUAGUGUUCUGGCGACCGGUGAAGUCGGAGUCGGUUACAAGGGUUGCACGAUCUUUCAGUGCUGGGAAGGCGAAUCCGUGAUUACUGGUGAUUUUGAGCUAAACAAUGGUCGCGGAGGAAGGAGCAUAUUCGAGGAUGGUUACUUUAUGCCGGACGACACGAAAUUCCCUGCAGUGAGAGGAGCAGUGGGAAUGCGGCGAACGCAAAAACGACAUGAUAACCUUGGUAUGGUCGGUUCACAAUUUCGUAUAAUACUACAAGAGAUGCGCGGAUUCACAGGAAUCUUUGGCCACGUCGUCGAAGGACUAGAAUUAGUCGAGAAGAUAUCUACAUUUGGUGAUCAAACGGGCAAGCCUACGAAGAAUAUUCUAAUUACGAAAUGCGGUAAAUUGUAACGACAACAUUAUUGCGGUUAGUAUACACCGAAGGGUAAUCAAGUUCUACCCGUAUACUUUACAUUAUCCCGUUCUAGAUAACUGAAGAAAAAAAAGGAAGAAGUUUUACGAGUUCGCGACGGUAUCUCUGACGCGUUCGAUAUAGGGAAUGGGGUGUUUAAUUAAACAAACAAAACAAAAAAAAAAAAAAAGUCACGUAUAUAUAAUAUCCAACGAUAAAUGAUAUUACAUGUUGAGAGAUACCGUCGCGACCAUAUAUGUAGCUCCAUGAAUCGCGAUGCUCCAUAUGAGUCACACAAUUUAAUUAACUAUUAACAAUAGAAUUCUAAAGAUAUUGAAUCUAUUUUUAAACGUGGACGCAUAAGAGAAGAAAGAAGAAAUAAAGAUCCAUAUUUUGCUAUUGAUUGGGAAUCAAUAUGAUUCUGUAUCUACAAUAACGACGAUGAUCGAUAAUACGUACCUCAAGAUCGAUCGUGAUAUCGAUACGACUUCUAGCUGUACGACAUUUGUUUUAGAAGAAGUUCGACGUUUAUUUUGGCUAUUGGCAUAUUGCUAUGUAUAGUUGAUAUAGAGGGUAUCGUACGGGAUUUAACAAGUGCCGUGGUUAACGGUGUCGCCCUAUGGGCGUUGCUAAUGUUUUAGAUCAUAGGUAGUAAAAACAAAAAGAAGAAAAAAAAAAUAUCGUGUAGAUGAGGAAUAUUUACGGAAAAUGGGAUAAACUUAUAUGUGUAUACACAUAUGUUCAUAUAUUUGUAAGAAAAAAAAACAAGCAAACAAACAAACAAGAAAAGAAACAAACAAACGUACAGGCGGGAACUCUCUUUUUUUGUUUUAUAAUCGAAAUACGUGACUUCGUAAAAAGUCAAAAGGUCGUAAUUUCAUACACGCAGGUCGUUUAGAACAUUGACGGUUAGAACGAUACGUCGGUGCGUCAAAGGGCCAAUUUUAUUUCGUCCGAUUAACGAUCACGUAUCGUUCCGUUUCUUUUUUCAGAGGAGAGAAAAAGGAGCUGAAAGGGAACAAGUAAUUGCGCGAUGAAACGAGUCGAGGAAAAUUGCGGUUCCUAUCGGACGACUCAAGGAUAUACUACUCCCUUUUUGCUCUUUGCUGUGGUCUAGUUGACCGCCGUAAAUUAACUGUAUUUAAGGUUAGAUCUCAAGAUGAAAAUGUAUGCAAGGCCUAACUACUACUAUGUAGAUUGUAAGCCUCGUCGUCUGAUCAGAAAAAUACGAACGAAAUGAGCGAAUAUAUAUUAUAAACGAAUCAUUCCUCGAUGCUGUAUAUCGAAGUACUACGAUAAUGUAAUGCGUUAUACUACUCGUCUCAAUCCUCGUAAAAGAAUCCCAUCGUUAUGUAUCAUAUUACCAUGUACCCGUGUGCGAAGAAACGCGUUGUAAAAGAGUGUUCUGUAAAUCGGCGCGUAGAAACAAAAAGCGCACUCACGUAUUAUAGAAAAUUGCACGCCCUCGACGUCGCGGAUGCCUUUUUCGAAGAAAGCCUCAUUCGAUGUUGAACUUGAAAGUUUUAACACUUGUUAAUUAGCUAACUCGUCGCGUUUUGCAAUGAAGAAAGAAAAGAAAGGGCGGACUCGUUGCAUCGCGAUGAAUGUAAGAAUCGCCGUUAGAAUUAAAUAUCACUGCGUAAAUACGUACGACGAUCGAAGGGUGGUCGAGCUCGAAUGAAUUUCUCUCGUUUCGGUCGUUGUAAGAAAAUAAAAAAAAAAACAACCGGGAAACUCAGUCGACACUUUUGAAUCUAGAUGCGUAUAAAUUCAUGUGUUUACCGAAGCGAGUGAAGCUAGAAGCCCACCUGUAUACACAAAAUAUCCACGCGCGCGCGUAUAUAUAUAUAUAAAUAUAUAUAUAUACUACAUAUAUUUUUAUGAACGUGAUGAGGUAACAACGCAUAGCUUGUAAUAUCGAUUCUAACAACCGACGAUUUACCUUGCCCCUCGCGUUCGAAUUAAACGGUUGAGCGGCUAUAAUUUUGCGAUAAGUUUUUCUCUCGUUUUUUCUUUCCAUCUAUUAUUUUUUUUUUUUCUUUCUCUCUCCCGUGUCCUUUUCUUUUUCUAUUCCUCACUCACCCCUUUUUAAGUUAAGGCGUAAUCAUCUUACAUAUGAAAAUUGAGGUCAUUUUGUUUACAGCCUACGGAAGCGCAUAUCCGUAGUGCACUUGCUUAAACAGUUCUGUUAUUUCAUUAUACAUGUACGAAAUGAAGUUCGUUACCCAAUUUAAAUGUACUUUUAAUCAAUCAAUUUUGAGUUAUAAACUGUUUCUCUUUCA